GUGUCAAGGUGUCCGUGGGUCUCGCUUAAGGGUUUAGGGCUUCCCACAACACAACCACUAUCCAUUCCUAAUGAGACUCUGAGUGAGCGAGCUUCGACAACCCACCCUCGACAAAUCAACCAUCAAUCCGUCAAAAUGGUCAAGAAGCGGGCGAACAACGGUCGCAACAAGAAUGGUCGCGGCCACGUCAAGCCGGUGCGCUGCUCCAACUGCGCCCGCUGCGUUCCCAAGGACAAGGCUAUCAAGCGGUUCACCAUCCGCAACAUGGUUGAGUCUGCCGCCAUCCGUGAUAUCUCCGAUGCCUCCGUCUUCGCCGAGUACGCCGUUCCCAAGAUGUACCUGAAACUCCAGUACUGCGUGUCCUGCGCUAUCCACGGCAAGAUCGUUCGUGUCCGUUCCCGCGAAGGCCGCCGCAACCGUGCUCCCCCUCCCCGUAUCCGCUACAACAAGGACGGAAAGAAGUUGACUCCCCCCCAGGCUGGCAAGGCCAACUAAGGGAUCGGAGACGGUUGUUCAACGAACAAAAUAAAAUGGAACUAGUCUGAAAUGAAUUCUUUUAUUUUGUCUCUCUUUUCCCACGUUGAUCU